ACAACCCCCAACAAACCACCAAGCAAAAGCAAAAAAAGCUUACGAGCACCGAGAAUGUCUUCGGCUCAAACAACAUCCGGCGGCGGCGGUCCACCCAAAGUAUUAUUAACACCAGAGUUGAUGAGUAGCUUGAAGAUGGCCAAGAUUUUCAGAACCCAUAAUGCACCCGGCUCCUCCUUCACUUCAAUCUCCUUCGACGAUCGCGGCGAGCACUUGAUCACCACCGCCGAGGAUGAGACCUUGCAACUGUUUGGAGCUCGCAAUGGAAAACAUCUGAAACAGGCGUUCUCUAAGAAGUACGGUUGUUCCCUCGCCCGGUUUACUCACAAAUCAUCGGCCGUCGUCCACGCAUCAACAAAAGAAGAUGACACGAUUCGAUACCUUUCCUUACAUGAUAACACAUAUAUUCGAUAUUUUAAAGGACACAAACGAAGGGUAGUAUCCUUGGAAAUGUCCCCGCGCGAUGAUACGGUGUUAUCUGGCUCUACUGACGACACCGUCCGAUUAUGGGAUCUACGAUCGCCUUCAUGCCAGGGAGUUUUGAACAUUGCUGGUCAACCUUGCGUCGCGUUUGAUCCAUCUGGUCUGGUCUUUGCAAUCGCACUGAAUAUGAAGCAAACCAUCUUACUAUAUGAUUUACGAGAAUUCGAUUCUGAGCCGUUCAUCGCAAGGCAUAUCGAAGAUCCCGUACUGGCUAGAAUCUCCUAUCCACCCCCACCACCCAAUUUGUUCACCUCGCUCAAGUUCUCCAAUGAUGGAUCAAAGCUUCUGGUUGGGACAGCAGGCGAUGUUCAUUACGUGUUGGACGCAUUCAAUGGUGAUAUCUUGGCGCGGCUAGAAGGUCACCAGGGACUUGGAUAUGCGCCGCCCCUAGAUUCGAUGAUUCCUGGGCAAUCUGGAUCAUCGGAAGAAACCACAUGGACGCCAGACAGUCGAUACGUUGUUUCGGGAAGCGCGGAUGGGAAGGUGUCUGUGUGGGACGUUCAGCCACCCAAGGACGACCCGAUCCAUGCGAUGCGUGCCCCCCAAAGUCCGCACGCCACUUGGCAGCCACUCAAAAUCUACGACGGUCACUUGGGCAAUCCGACCAGAUGCGUUGCUUUCAACCCUCGUCUAGGGAUGCUGGCGACGGCCGCAACUGAGCUUUCAUUUUGGCUGCCUGGAUCAACAGAUGGUACAAACAAUGAUCAUGCAGAUGUCGAAAUGAAUACCUAGAACGAUCGCCUCACACAUAACUAGCAACUGGCCAGAGUGGAUCUGAUUGUGCAUGUUGUACUGCGCCAUUGUAUAUCAUGUGAAUACCAAGUCACCCCCGAUCUGAAAUUCUAGGCAUGUAAUUGAAAUCAUUGCCAGCCA